AUGGUACAAGACGCGCGACUACACACGGCAGAGCAAGUUCGGGCAGUCAAGCAACGCUGGAACCGGACGUGGGCGCGAAAGGCACCGGAGCAUCCGCUGAGUUACUGGACCACUACAGAAACGAAAUCAGCAGGAUUGGGAAUACUCUGCACCCCGCACGUGAGCAGCAAAGUUCGACCUUGGCAACGAGAAAGCUGGACCAAUCGAGUGAUGGCUGUGGAGUUCGAUGGCUGGCUGCUUGUCAAUAUCUACGCUCCUAUCGACCAAGCGGAACGCCUGGAAUUUUUUUCGGACCUGGACCCUUGGCUACGCCAUCAUGAGUCCAUCAUACUCGGAGGUGACUUUAAUUGUGUGCUGAAUCGUCAGCAAGACCGGGUAACAGGUCGAAAACCGAGCACUGCUUCUUGCGAAAGUCCGUACCUGCAGGAGAUGCUACAAGGGCUCGAACUAACUGACGCAGUCUCGCUAAAGUACCAGCUUGACGAAGAAGAUGUGGAUCAUGACCCGCUUCACCACUAUAGCUUUUGGAGAAAGGAUGGGGCUAGCCGCCUAGACCGCUUCUACGUCAAAGGACAGCCCUAUGCGGCAGUGCAGUGGGUGGAAGCACUACCCCCGGCCCACAAUUCGGACCAUUAUGAAGUCCGGUUGGAACAUUCACUGGGACACCGUCGACACCAAAGGAGUCAUCGCCCGAUCCAGCACCCGAUCGUCAGCGGCAGACCAGAGCGUGUCCGAGAAGCACUUGGACAGGGACUUCACAAGUUACUGGAUGCAUUCGACAACGGAGGUAACCCGGUAGGUCAAUGGGACAAGCUGGUGGCAGAUAUCCAGAAUCUUAUUCGAGAUACAAGUCGACAGGACCGAAAGCAGACACAACGUUACUUCGAAAACCUGCGAGCAGCAACGCGAAAACCGACGGCAUCGCGAGCAGAGCAUCAAAAAGACCUCGAUGCGACAGCACGUCUCCGUGCUGCUCGGUCUUUCGGUGAUAGCAUACAGCAAUCGCCGGAAACAGCGCGAUAA